AUGGUAGUUCAAACAAAAAUUCUGUUUUGGGAAAAUGUUUUAUCACUUCAAAAAAGUCAUUUAAUUUUAAAGAGACAUAUUAAUAAAAACAUAUUAUUGUACAACUCAAAUAAUAAUAACAAAAAACAAGUAAUUAAAUAUCUAAUUCUUAUCUUCGCACUCGCUAAUCAUAUUCAAAGUUCACAGAAAAAACCGCCAUUACAUCAAGCAGUUACAACUAUUCAUUCACACAAGGACCAAAAUAUUAGAAAAUUGGCUCCACAAACAAACAAACAAUUCAAUCAAUCUUUUAAACAAACUAAACAAAACAAUUCAAUCAUCGAUUGGAAUGAUAUUAUAACCUUUUCAACUACCAAUCACAAGAGCAUCAAAAAAUAUUUAAACUUCAGUCUCUCACAUCACUAUCGUCCACCACCAACACCAACACUACACCCUCCAUCUUAUACUUAUCGACACAAUAAACCCCCUAGCAAAAAGAGAGUAACAGUAGCUGCAACAACAUUAAAAGUAAACAGGACAGACAAUGAUAUUACAUAUCAUGUUAGUGAAGUCUCUCUAAUUGGAAUCACAGCAGUGUUGUUUCAAAGAGACCAAUUUCAAAGAUGGCAGAGUAUAGAUGAUUCCCUGUGCCGAUUGGAAAUUCUACAGAAUGAAAAAGAAGUUAAAUUUAGAUUGGUAGCCAUUUCCAAUGAUAAUAGAUGGGUUAGAACAAAUAGUAGUAUAACGAAAUGUAGUGAUUUGUUUCUCGAAAUCAAACAAACAUCUUCACAGACAUCAAAGACAGAUAGUAUAGGUGUUAAUUUUGCAUAUAAAGAGGAGGUUUCUAAAUUCUUUGAUUGUUACAAUUCAUGUAUUAAAGCAUUACAAAAUAGUAAAUCCACACUUCCAAAUUCAGUUUCAAUUCCAGAUGAUUUAUCAAUGGUAUCAAUUUCAAUUUCAUCUUCUAGUCCACCUUUGAAUUCGGAAUUACCACAAUCAGCAAAUACCAGUGUUAAUAUUUCCAACUAUUUAGAUUUACCAUUACCACCACCUCCACCUACAGCUCCACCCUCACCGAUUGUCUCUGAUCAAUCAUCGAUUGGCGGUGUUACAUAUAGUGGUGCAGGCUUAGAAACACUGCCACCUCCACCUCCAACUUCGUUGGGAAGCACACCACCUAUGCCAAUCAGUGGGUCAAAGUCGGGAUCGUUCUCAUUCCCCUCCAGCUCAACACCACCCACUCUGCCGCUGCAAGAUCUCUUCAAUCCACCCAAGGCACUCACAACCAUCACCACAACAACCACCACUACGAUCACUCGUAACAAUGCCAACAGUGACACUACUUCCGUUCUCAAAACUGCAUCUGGAAGACGUUCGAUUCGUGCACGUUCAUCAACUACCGACCAGAAACGUACACUCACCAGAAAAGAUGGUUAUGCAAUCUCACUUCAAAACGUUGAGGGACUACAAAACAUUGGUGAAGCAUUGGAAGAGGAAACAUUAAAUCUAUUGGAUUUGGUAAACGAACAAGUUGUUCAUCCAACAACAAAUGUAUUAUUAAUUAAUCAAUCAAUCAAUAAGAUUUAUGAACAUUUACAAAUAUUAUUUAUUUUGACUGCUGAAUCAGCAUCGUCACAUCAUGGAUCGAAAUUAGUUACAACGACAACGGAACGUAUUCAAAGAGGAUGGCCAACAAUGCCAGAGAUAUCUGGAAUCAUUGGUCAGAAUUGGUAUAAUCUGGACGAUGUAAACUCUGCUGGAACUGGAUUCACCAAUCUUUUAUAUUUGAAAAAGAAUUUGGUUCCAACAAUUGCCUACCUGUCGACAUCAGUUCGUGUACUCGGACUACAGGCUAGUUUGGAAGCCGAGUGGAUGGCAAGAAACAGAGCUUCCGAUCCAGAGAACAUCGUUGUUCAACUGGCGAUCCUCGGAAACGAAUUGAUCACUGCAAUGGCCAGACUCUACAUGGCAACACAAUCGUUUUGUUCCGUGUGUAACAGCAUUCAAAACCUCUCAAAGGAACAGAAUGGAAACUUACUGAGCGUAGGUACCAUCAAUCGUGAUCGUUCUCCAAGUACAGCAGACCUGAUCAAUCUCUGGGAAGAGUUGAAAAUCAUCAAAGAUCUUCCACAACUCCCAAAAGAAGGUUCAUCAUUGAAAGCAUCUCUUAAUCAAUUGGUUAUAUUAUUAACAUCUGAAUUAAAUUAUGACACCAAGUUUUUAAAAACAUUUAUUACAACUUAUCAAUCCUUUGCACAACCAAGAUUAUUAUUUACAAAGUUGUUGGAGAGAUAUGCAGUUCCAGAGUGGUUCUCAACCAAUCAAUCAAAGAUUUCGAUGAUCAGACAAAGAGUAAUUGUAGUUUUGAAGUAUUGGAUUGUCAAUCAAUCGUCGGAUUUCGAUCAGGAUCUCAUGGAUCAGAUCUAUCACUUUAUUGAUAACACUCUUAUCAACGAUGGUUAUGCAGAGCUCUCAAAGGCACUCGGCGAAAUUCUAGGCAAGAUGGUCGAAGAACGUGAAGUUAAACUCGAGUUGCUCUUCCAGAUGCCACCCAGAAUUCAAUUCACAGAAGAAUGUACAUUAUCACCGAUCGAAUUGUUUUUCGAGUGGUCACCACUUGCGAUCGCGCAACAACUCACACUGAUAGACUUUUCUAUCUUUAGAGAUAUCGAAGCACGUGAGUUCCUCAAUCAAAACUUUAACAAACCAAAGAUGAAAUAUCGUGCACCCAACAUCAUGAGACUAAUUAACCGUUCCACACAAUUCUCUUUCUGGAUUGCCAAGCUCAUUCUCAUUGAAGGCAAAAAGGAGAAACGUCUCAAAGUUUUAGAAAAACUUUUAGAUGUUGCUAAAAUAUUACUUAAAAUAAAUAAUUUUAAUACACUUAUGAGUUUAGUUGCUGGUCUUAAUAUGACACCAGUCCACAGAUUAAAAAAGACCAAAAAGAAAUUAUCUUCUUCUGCAUCUUCAACUUUAGCAGAGUGUGAAAGAAUAUUCUCAUCAAAGAAAUCAUUCAAGAACUAUAGAGAUAUCAUUACCAAUACUGUACCACCUUGUAUUCCAUAUCUUGGUAUUAAUUUAACAGAUUUUACAUUCAUAGAGGAGGGUAAUCAACAUGUAUUUCAGGAUCCAAAUUCUCCAUCACCUUUAAUCAAUUUCAAAAAGAGAGAACUAUUCUAUCAGGCUUGGUCUGAUAUUUCACGAUUCCAAGAGACUCCCUAUUCAUUCCAAGCAGAGGAACCUAUAAAUACUUUGUUAUUGCAUUUCCCUAUUGUAGAUGAAGAUCGUCUUUAUGAACUAUCUACUUCUGUUGAACCCAAAUAA